UACCGGAAACUUUAGUCACGUGAUCUUCCGGAAAAAGCCGCGAAAUACUGUGAGCUAAAUUACACAUGUGAUUAAUUUCCAAUUUAUCGACUUUUUAGAAACCAAAUUACAAUGGGGGUUUAUUUAUCCGCUCCAGUAACAGAGAAAGAAUCUAGUGACAAAAAAUGUCCAAGGUUUACAUAUGGAGUGUCGUCUAUGCAAGGAUGGAGGAUGUCACAGGAGGAUGCUCACAACUGUAUCAGUGAUUUUGACCCAGAAACAAACACAGCUCUUUUUGCAGUCUAUGAUGGACAUGGAGGUGCUGAGGUUGCCCAGUAUACUGCAGCCCAUCUUCCCGAUUUUCUAAAGAAGUUACCCUUGUAUAAGGAAGGGAAAUUAACAGAUGCUUCUACAGGGAGGCAGUUCUUUAGUAACAAUGAAUCAAAGAACAACAAUGCCACAAGUUCAUCAGCACCUGAUCCUCUAGCAACAAGGCUUGAUGGCAAAUUAGAGAACGGAGAAACACCUGACAAUGACAAUAAUCUCAAUGUAGAAAAAGAAUUACGUGAGGCAGAGACUCUUGGUACUGAACCAGACAGUACUGGUGAUGUUAAGUCUGAAAAUUUGAAUAAUUCUAAUUGUGCUUUGACACUUUCACCUAUAAAAAAUGGUGAGGACAGUAAUGACUCGGUCAAGGGAAGUGAUAUACAAAAUUACACUAGUGUAAAAUUAGAAGAAGCAGAUAGUACUUCAGAUAAAGCUAAAGAUGUAAUCAAGGCAUCAGGUGACUCUUCAACAUCAGAAGUAUCAUCUGGCUCUUCUAGCACUAAAGAAGUACCCUCAGGCUCGGAUUCAAGCAGCCAGGAUGGUGAGUCAGAGCCAGGUAAGUCUGCAGGAGGAUCAAGUGAUGCUGCAUGCAGUUCUUCCUCUGGAUCAUCUAGUUCAUGUGCUGGUAGUAGUAGCUCAGGAUCAAGUGCAGGAGGAAGUAGCUCUGCACCUUCAGGGUCAGGUGUUCAGGCUGGUGGAUCUGGUGUUUCCAGUAAUAAAAAAGUUGCAUUUAAGGCAGAUGAUAGUGAUGAUGAUUCAAGUGAUGAUGAUGAAGAUGAUGAUGAAUACAUAGAUGACAGUGAUGAUGAAGACGACGACGAUGAUGAAGAUGAUGAUGAUGAUGAAGUAGGGAUGGAAGGAGGUAUAUUUGGUAUGAGUAAAGUAGGUUCAACUGAAGAAGAGGAACACUCAGAGGAGCCAGGUACAGACAGUGGAUGUACAGCUGUUUUAGCUCUUUUGAGAGAUGAUAGGAUAUAUGUAGCUAAUGCCGGAGAUUCACGAUGUGUCAUGUGUCAAGGUGGCAAAGCUGUAGAGCUUUCAUUUGAUCAUAAACCAGAAGAUGAUGGAGAGAGAAUUAGAAUAGAGGCUGCAGGAGGCAGGGUGACAAAUGAUGGGAGAGUUAAUGGAGGCCUUAAUUUAUCUAGAGCUCUUGGUGAUCAUUGGUACAAAAGAAAUGAGACAAAAGAAGCUAAAGAACAGAUGAUCUCAGCCUUACCUGAUGUAGAAUGUGCUACACUCACACCAGAAGAUGAAUUUAUUAUAAUAGCCUGUGAUGGUAUAUGGAACUUUCUGACUAGUCAAGAAACAGUAGAUUUUGUUAGAGAAAGACUGAAGGAUCCAGUUAAAUCAGAAAAGCCAUCUCUUAUAUGUGAAGAGCUGUUUGAAUUUUGUCUAGCUCCAAACACUAUGGGUGAUGGUACGGGAUGUGACAACAUGACCUGUAUAAUUAUUGUGCUAAAUAAAUCUUCACAAAACUUAAAAAGAGAUUUUGACAAUCUAGAUUCGUCAGUGUCGGAUGAAGUACAGGCAGAGAAACGCGCACGAGUUGACGGGGAAGAGUCUGUGGAUAAUAAAACCUGAUAAGUCAGCAAUAGACUUUAGUCUAUGCAACUCAAGUCUUAUUUCACCUGUACAGAGGGUUGUGUUUAACUUUAUAAAGAUUGGUGGUUCACAAUGAAGUUAAUAACAAGUGGAUAUUGAUUGAAAAUUAUACAUAAAGACUUGAAUUUGGUUGGCAGACGAGACUGUUAAUUGAAUUAUAUCAAAAAGUUUUUGUUGAAUCUAUAUGCAGAAUUUUGUUGUUGUUGUUUAUUUGAUACACUGUUACUAUUCUUUAUAAGCUAGUAUUAAGUGCUUUGUGAAUAAUUUAAAGUUGAGAGAUCAAAGUUGUAUUUUGAAAAUUCUGAUGUUUAUAAUGUGUGGAAUCUCUGGCUGCUGUUUGAAGGGUAUAUAUUUGAAAGUUUUAGCAAAAUUUAUGAGGUCCUGUUUGUAGAAACUUGGAGAACUUCACAUACUUGUUUAUUUAAUGCAAAGACCUGUUUGAAGUUACUAACUACUAAGAUCAUAAUUUUUAUCUUUGAACCUAAAUGUGCAUGCCAUUGAAAUAAUACACAUUAUAUGUUUUAGGUGGUAGACUGACCUUGUAUAUUUUAACUGUGAGUAACAGUCAUAUUGUUGUAUAUUGCAUUUACUGUUAACGGGUCAUUUCAUUGGGCAAAAUUCCCAAUCUCUUACAGUAUUGUUUUCUUGUUAAUAUGCUCAAUAAAGCCUCUCAAUAUUAUUAUGGUAGGUUGUUAAAAAUUUCAAGUCAGUUUCACAAUGAUUUAUCACAAAGGCAAGGCACACAAUAAUGUCCCUAUCUCGAAAGGCAAGUUCACAGUGGGUAAUUAACCUUUAUAUGUAGCCAGGUAGUUGUUUUACAUAUGUAUGGGAAAAAUUCAAAUACAGGACUGAAUAUCAAAAUAUUACUAUGAUUGUUAGCAUUUGUGUACCUACCUGUAACUGGUCUGCUUGCAGGUGUAUAAAGCACACUUAAUUUUGUAAGAUUCCUAAAUGAAAAAUUCAUGAUAAAGGUACAUGUACAAGAUAGCUGUGGGUAGAUCACAAUUGAAAUUGCUUGUAAUGUAACUAUUGUCAACCCCAAGUUUUAUUAUGAAUGGUGAUUUAUAUUGAACUAAUAGGUUAACUUUUUUUUGUUAUCAACUUGUGUCAUGCCUCGAGCUUUUUUAUGCCCACACUCUAGUGGGGGUAUUUAGAUUUGCCCUUGUUCGUCCUGCAAAUUUUGGAUUUUCAACUUGUAUGGCACUAAGAUCUAAAAAAGAUAUUUAACCUGGAGUCUUGAAACUGUACAGAAAAAUUAGUCGGCAUGUGUCGUUGUUCAUCUUGGGGGUUUGUUUGUAUAUUUAUUCAGAUUUGAAGAGUAAUUGCCCUUAAUUUAGUAAAAUCCAUUACAAAAUGUUGUGUCACAUGUACCCUUCAAAGUGCUUGAGCUAGAAUCAACAAACAGGAAUGUUGAUCAGCAUGUAAAGCUGUUCAUCUGGGGUAUUCCUUGAUUUUUUCUUAGAAGCGUACUUUAGGAGAUAAAAUUGAGAUUUAAAUUCUUAAUACUGGGAUAAAUCAAGGUGUCAACAUUGGAAAAAUUAUAUGUCAUUUUUAUGCCCCAACUACCUUGGCGUAGAAGAAAUAAUGUAGAAAUUCAUUUCUCUGUCAUACUGUCCUGCUGUACAUCAGUAGACUGUCAAACAGUGGCGUGUGGGGGCAUCCCUGUUGUGUCCUAUGGACACAUUUCUAGUUGUAUAUGUUUUUGGGAAAUCUAUUUUGAAUGAAUGUGCCUAUGUUAAACUGUAGGAGUGUCCUGUCAGAAAUAAUGGACUCUAUCCAUAUCAGGUUUAAGUAGUGUGGUUCUAUUUAUACAAACUAAAAAAUGUGAAGAUUAAUAUUGAUGCUAUUGCCAAUAAUUGGCUUUAUUAUUGAUGUUAUAAUCAAGUAUGUGAUGUUAAAUAAGCAUAAUUUCCUUUGUAAAAAAAUCACAAUUCGUUUGAAUAAUUGUUAAGUAUUUUUGGUAAAGCUUGUUUUAAGUCCGUCCAAUUUUAACAUUUUGUGGAUAAUUAUACCAGCUACCAGCAUCAUUAUAAAAGCGCAUGUGUUUAUCUCCAUAUUAUUAAAACUUGAUUAUCAUUUACUUUUGUGCUUUUGAUUUGCACAAUUUUUAAUUUAGAAAUGAAACAUUGGUACUGAAAAACUAAUAUGAAAAAACAUUGGUACUGAAAAAAAUUGUAAAUGUAUAAAAGCAAUAGAUUUAGAGAGGCGGUUCAGACUUUUGGCAAUAUCAAGUCAUUUGCAUAUAUUAAUGUAACCUGUCCGUUUACUUCAAAACUGUAUUUUGUUUGAAUUUUAUUCAAACUUGCAAGUGCCCGUAUUGCUAGUGUUUGUAAUAGAGUCCUUAGUUUUUUUGCACGAGUAUAAUUUAUAUUUAGAAUUAUAUGAUAAACAUCUUGACUUAAAAUUAAAUUAAAAUAAUGAAUUUAGACAUUUAUUGUUAAUAUAUCUAUACAGAUAAAAAAACAGCAGCAAUAAAUAUUUUAAAAUGA